CGUUUUUUUUACGAACUACGAAUUAGAUCUAGCCUACGACACUGAGCACUGUUGUCUUCAUCCAGAGUCAAGACUUUUUCGACGAUCUAGAAUCUAGAGUCUUGAUCUAGACAUAACAUCUAGAAGCGGGACGUAAAAAAUGAUUCAAAAUCCCAGUAUGCGAAUGGAUAAUUUGUUCUACAGUCUCAAAGAAUUACAGAACGAAAAGGUAUGUCUGGAACAAAAGCUUCAUGAACAAAAGAGGACCAGACACUCACUUGAGCAAGAACUAGAGCAAGUGACCAGCAAAUACUCGCAUAUCCAAGAGAAACAUAUGCGUAUGUCAGAGACGCUUGCAGUGGCACAGCAAAAGGUGGAGCAGAGCAUGAAAACUUUCAUGAGUUUGCAAGCUGAAAUUGAGCGGAAUCGACCAAAAGUCCGUGAAGCCAAAGAGGAGAUUGAGUCGGAGAGGAACGCUCAGUGUCAAUUACUGUGAGUGAUACAACACUUACAGAUGUUGCACAGUUGCACCACAGAACGCAAUAUAUAUAAGGUGUUUUCAAAACAUUCAGUAGAAG